AUGUAUGGUUGUGGAAAAAACGAAAUAUUACUUUCAAAAGUUCUUAAAGAACGACGUAAUGAAGUUUUUCUUUGUACAAAAUUUGGUAAUGUUCGUGGUGAAAAUGGGGAGUUCUUAGGUGUAAAUGGGAAGCCAGAAUAUGUUCACGAAUCAUGCGAAAAAAGCUUACAAAGAUUAGGUGUUGACUGUAUCGAUCUUUAUUACCAGCAUCGUGUCGACCCUACCGUUCCAAUUGAAGAUACAGUUAAGGCUAUGGCUGAACUUGUUGAAAAGGGUAAAGUUAAAUAUAUUGGACUUUCCGAAUGUUCAGCUGAUACGCUUCGACGCGCUCACAAAGUUCAUCCAAUCGCUGCCGUUCAGGCACGUAGUUUUACUAAUAUUGAAUACAGUCCAUGGACCCUUGACAUUGAAACAAAUGGACUUAAAAAAGCUUGUGAAGAACUUGGCGUUACAAUUGUCGCAUAUAGUCCAUUAGGACGUGGUAUUUUGUCGGGAAAAUAUAAAUCUAUAGAUGAUUUUGAACCUAACGAUUUUCGUAGACACAAUCCUCGUUAUGUGGGUGAUAAUUUUGCCAAAAAUUUAGGACUCGUAAAAGAAAUUGAAAAGAUAGCUGAAAAGAAAGAUGUUACUGCUAGUCAACUUUGUUUGGCAUGGGUUUUGGCCCAG